GGCCUUGAGAGAGUCCUUUGCCGUGCGGGGGAAGGGGAGCAGCGAAGGAGCAGCGCAGACCACCUCUUACCCCUUCCCAGCUCGCUGAUGCCGAUUCUCCUCAGUGUUUUUCUUCGCAUUGCUGAACCAGAUAAUUUUGACAUGGACGAGUAUCAGGAGCUGUGGGAUGACUGGGAAUUUUUGGACCAAUUUGAGGAUGAGGAACUGAAAGAUCAGCCAGAUGCCGAGGGAGCUAUUGGACGUAAACGUCGCAGGAUUGUUAAAGAUCGGAUGAACCCAUUCACUGCAAUGAGUGAUGAGGAGUUUGUGGAUCGCUUCCGAUUGGACAAAACUUCAAUGUAUGAUCUCAUUGAAGAAAUUACAGACCAACUUUCCACCCCAACUGACACAAGAGGAUGUCCUGUUCCGCCACAUCUACAGACCCUGAUAGCAGUCCGUUGCAUGGCAACAGGAGACCAUCAGAUGACCUUAGGGGACUGCCAUGAUGUGUCACAAAUGACAGUCAGCAGAUGUCUGAAGGUUGUAUCUAGAGCAAUCGCUGGUUUGAGCCAGCAUUACGUAAAACCUUCUGGCAAUGACCUGCGGCGAACAGUGGAGCAAUUCCAUGAUAUCGGUGGAAUGCCUGGUGUGGUAGGGGCAAUUGACUGCACACACAUCUCUAUAUUGAGACCCUAACAGAUCCAUUCACUGUGGUACGCAGGUGAAACUGAGCCUCGCAACACCUCAGUCACGUACCUCUGCCUUGACAGGAACAAGUUCCUAUUACAUGUGAAUUGACAACAUUUCAUCAACAUAUGUGUUAUGAGACAAAAAUGUAAAUAAUGCACCACCUUUCUCUUUGAUGAUAACUUAUCUUUGUCUUUUUCCUCAAUUCACACUUUCAUUCAUGUACUUCUAUUAAUUUUCAAACAUGAACGCCUUUCAUUGGUAACCAGUGAUUCUCAUCCUACGAAAAAAGUCAAAGAGCUUAUUGAACAAUGGAGUGUUGCUUCUGCUUUGUCCAGUCUUCCUGUAGGGCACAGAAUUUCUCUACCAGAGCAUAGGUUACAAAGGCUACAAUUAGUUAAUCAUAACAUUCACUUGGAUGAUACUUGUGUACCCAUAACGAUGGAUGAAUUAUUAUAUGCUGUCAAAAGAGGUAAAUCUACAGCACCUGGUGAGGAUGGUCUAACAUAUGACACUAUAAAUGCUUUGUUGAAUAUUGAAGGGGAUAAUUCCAUACUAUAGUCCUGCUCCUCCAACAAUGUGGAUUGGGUGCGGCUUGUUGGGGAAUUCCCGCUGUACAGUGGUGAAGCGUGUCUCAUAGCCAGCGAUGCAGCAGAGUUCUAAUAUUAGUAAAACUUUAGCAAAUAUGGUCAGCAAAUAUACAUACGCAUUUAACCUUAGUAUUACAACGUAUGGGAGAACAGUAAACUUAUUAUUGAUAAUAUAUUCAUAAGCCUGGCAAGAAACGUGGCAUACAUAUUUUACAGUGUUGCUAAAAAAAAAGAAUAUACUUAUAAAGAGUUUUCUUGCGGUUUGGGAUGGGUAAAUAGUUCCAUAGUUAUAAUUAGAUUAUAUCGUGAAGGAAAGUACUUUAAAAUAAGCUGACAUAAGUAAGAAAAAACUACAUUCAAAUCCUCACGGCAGCAACACCA